GGGCCCUCGCAGGGACUCUGGGACCAGUCUGAGAGCCCUCAGGAGAUCAAACACACCAUUAAUAGCAGCAGGAUAAGAAGGAACUGAAGUUUUGUGGAGUCUUCAGGAGUGUCCAGAAGAAACAAAGCACAGGUAGUCUUCGUGUUUGAGCUGAAGAUGUCUCUGCAAUCUCUGAUGGUGGCUCCUGUCUUGGUCCUGGUCUUCCUUAGCCCCUGCCCUGGCAUCGCAACCCCACCAGGUGAGCCAGAUGAUGAAGUUUUUGGCAUCGAGAACUACGACCUGAACAGUGAGACAGAAUGGGACAACCUGGACAUCAACAUUUAUGGAGACAAUUAUGAUUAUGAUGACUUGGACCAAGAGAUUGAGGUGGGCACUGUAGCACCAGACACCCCCUCACCAGCCAUCCAGUCCACAGCUCAACACUAUGAGGAGGAGGUGACCCUGCCAACCCUGCCUCCAGCUCCUGUCUCCUUGGACUUCAAGGCACCAGGACUCUUUGGCCCUGAGACAGGCCUGGGUAUGCCUACCUGCCUGCUGUGUGUGUGCAUUGGCGGGAGUGUGUACUGUGAUGACAUGGGCCUGGAUCAGAUCCCACCCCUGCCCAAAGACACCACCCAUUUCUAUUGCCGCUUCAACAACAUCCGACAUGUCAAGAACACAGACUUUAUCAAUCUCAAUAAGCUCAAGUCCAUUGAUCUAACGGGGAACCAGAUCUCAGGGAUGGAUGAGGAUGUGUUCCGCUCUCUGACGCAGCUCCAGGAGUUGCUGCUGGCUGAUAACAACAUGAAGUUCAUGCCUGAGCUGCCAGUCACGAUGAAACGCAUAGAUCUACGCAACAACAAGCUAAUCAGUCAUGGAGUGCAUUCUGAGGGAUUCAAGGAUAUGAACCAGUUGGAAUACCUCUAUCUGUCUGGAAACAACCUGGAUUACAUUCCUACACCACUGCCACUGAGCCUGAGAGUGUUGCACCUGCAGGACAACAACAUCCAGUCUCUGCACGAGGACACUUUCUGUAACAGCCACGAUCGCAACUUCAUCCGCCGUAAUCUGGAGGACAUCCGUUUGGACGGCAACCCCCUGAACAUCAACCUGUUUGCCCAGGCCUAUAUCUGCCUGCCACGCCUACCUGUGGGCAGUCACUGA